AUGGUAAAACAUCUGUUACUUCACCAUCCGGAGUUGAGGAUUAUUACGGAUGCGGAGAGUGCAUAUAACACUUACGAAAAGGCUAUGAAAAAGAUUCUGCGUUGUGGAGCCAUUCUAGUUGAUAAAUCGUCUUAUGAGAUUCUAUUAGUUCAGAGCGCUCAGAGCGGUCAUUUUUCAUUUCCUCGCGGCAAAGUAAACAAAAACGAGACUGCUUUAGAUUGCAUGUACCGGGAACUCGAAGAAGAAGUGGGUUUGGACCUACGGAACUACACGAUGGAUCCGUUAGGAGUGCUCAAAACGUCCUCGGGCAACACCAACUCCUGCUUUUUCGUUUUCCUGGGCGAAUUCAAGCAGCUCAAGUUGACGAUUUGCAUUCCAACCGAAAUUUCCUCCUACAUUCGUUAA